AUGGCAACCAGGACGUCUUUUCCUCGUUCCUUGUCCCAGCAGCUGUUUCGCCCACUGGCUCUCUUCCCUCUGAGGGACGGAACGCGUUCUCUCGCAUUCGAGAGCCGUCCUCGUCGCUUAACAUCCCUUCCUCACCUACCUUGGCAACCUCGGUCUGUUUCCGCCGCUUCCUCCACUGUUAACCCUCUCCCUGGUCUGAAGCCCUGCGCCCAUCGACCUUCUCCCGGUUCCUUCUCUUCUCCCCGAGAACAGCCUACUUCUCUUCUGUCGGUCGAGUCUCGCUCGUCGCUUCCGGCUCAGGGCCGCCUGAGCUUCUCGUCACUGUCAUCAAGGGUAGGCGUCCGUUCUUCCUUCCGAACACACAGAGAUGUUGACAAGCGAAGAGACCCCCUGUGGCUGCGCCAAAGCGGCAGGUUCUUCGUGACUGGGACAGGCCAGCCUGCGCGGACAGCUUCGCGCGACGAACAAAUGAAGAACAGCGCUGAAGACUUGAGUUCUCCUAGGAACAGAGAAGACACUUUUGACUCCACGGAUGUGAAGAAAGAAGUGACGAACGAGAAGGAGCUGGAGAAGCAGGUGGAAGCAAUGGCAGCAGAAAGCAGCUCUUCUGACGCCUCAUCAUUUUCCGGAGCCUCUGUCCAGGACAAGCCGUCUACAACUUCCGCGACCAUGUCUUCGGCGAGCGGCUCUGUCUCUCCUCCCGCAUCGGCGGGCUCUUCUUCUCCCUCGCCUUCUUCGUCCCCGUUGUCUGAAUCUUCCUCUUCGAGUCAGGACAAAGAAAAGCCACAGGAGACGAGCGAAAACAAGUGGGGAUUUCGCCACUACUUCUUCGGCUCCCUUGGCCUCGGCCUUGCCGGCGGCUUCGUCUAUGUCCUAGCAGAGAACGAUUUCAACGUUGCCAAGGCGGAGUGGGCCAUCGGCGAGAAGAUCCGCGCGCGGGUGUUCAAGUACACUCGGAACGGUCCCCGUCAGGAGGCAGCUGACAAUAGUAAAUUCAGUGUUGGUCUGAGCGAAGAGUUGCAGAAGGAAAUCGCUCUCUUCUUCCUGCAAUUGGAUUUAGAUAAGCCGAACGGCGUGCGUCGCAGCGACGUCAUGGAGCUUGUUAAAAAGCUUGGUUUUUCUCCGUCGAGUGGCGUCUGCAAAAUCUUCCUCGAGAACGGCCAGGGCCGUACUGCUGAUGUGAAGCGCGUCUCUGGCGUCACUCUGCAAGACUUCGCCGAACUCCUCGAGGGAUUGAUUCUCGAAGAGGAACUGGAGGCGGCCGGGGGUUCGGAGCCAACCGAAGCUGACUCUUCUUCAGGUCUCUGCAACGCGGAAAAGACAGAGCAAGGGACUUCCACAGACCCUGCGACGCACGCCCAAGGGGAACGUCGGAAGGAGAAUUCACACGACCGCUUGCUGAAUUAUUUUCGCGGUGUCAACCGAACGACGACAAUGCCGAGUACAGUUCCGCCGUGCUACACGGAAUCUGCUCAUGAGAUUCCACCCUCAAGAAUGAACAGCCAGGGGAAGACCUCCGGUGAGGUGGCUCCUCUAAACGAUGCCGCGGGUGCCGCCACUGGAGGCCAGAACGGACAAGACGCGGAGGCGGACAGAUCAGCAAAUGAACUGCAGCUUUUGCAGCUGCAGCUUGCGGGUGCAGAGAAGUUGGUUAAAGAUCUCAGCUCUCUGAAGGCUCGACGGGGCCUUUCGGACGCGGAGAACGCCCGUCUCGAGAACGCAAAGUCAGAAGUCAAGACUGUGCAGCAGGAGAUCUGGAGAGUGGAGGCUGCUUCCGGUCAAAAAUAAAUAACUGUGUGCAAACUCCAACAUCACCGAUCACCACUGCGCCGUCAUUCGCGACAAACGAAUGAACUCAAAGAAAAGGUUUUUACCACAGACGAGGACGGAAAAUCGGCUCAAUAAACAAUUUUUUUGUGGUUAAGUGCGGAGUACGUCCAAUGGUACAGUGUUGUUUUUCGUCAGUCGCAACGUCGGGAAAUGUCCAAUAACUCUCUGUUUCGUGUCUUUUUCAGUGCUCAGUCCGUCACUUGGAUGCUGGCUGGACUGCGUCACCCCUGCUCUUUUCAGAUUUAUCAGAAUCUUUCUGUUAACGUUCUGUCUAUGGAGCGCCGCCACGCGGGCUUAAUAUGUCAGAUGCUUU